AUGGAAAAGAAUCUAACCAGGCCCUCAACUCGACCCAUCCGGCGCUUGCUGGUUGCAAAUAGGGGGGAGAUUUGCACUCGAAUAAUCGCCACCGCUCGCGAACUAGAUUUGGAGACCUUUGCCGUGUACUCGUCGGGAGACUCAUCUCAUGCAUGUGAAGCAACACAUGCUCUCUGUCUAUCAUCAACCUCCUCUUAUAUGAAUAUUGAUGAGCUCAUCGGACUUGUUCGCAAACACAACAUAGAUGCAGUGCAUCCAGGCUAUGGCUUCCUAUCCGAGUCGGAUACUUUUUCUUGGCGAAUGUGGAACGAGGCAAAUGCCGUAGUAAUCGGCCCCGGUGGUGUUCCAGUGGUACCGGGGCUCGAUACGGCAACCGACGACGUUCAGGUCAUCAAAGAUUUCUCCCGCCAAAUUGGCUUUCCCAUCAUGAUAAAAGCCGUGGAUGGAGGCGGGGGCCGAGGUAUCCGGUUGGUUGAAAAGCCAGCAGAGCUUCCAAACGCAACCAUGAGAGCGAUAAAAGAAAGUCCAUCCCAUCGGGUUAUUGCCGAAAAGGCUAUAGCCAACGGAUUCCGUCAUGUUGAAGUCCAAAUAAUUGGAGACGGACAAGGAAACGUCUGUCAUCUCUGGGAGCGAGAAUGCAGUAUUCAAAGACGGUAUCAGAAGAUAGUGGAAUUUGCCCCCAGUCUCUUCAAGAACCGAAAUCUCGUGGACCGUAUCGUUCAAAAUGCGAUGACCAUGGCAAAAAAGAUGAAUUACUUUUCCCUUGGGACCUUUGAAUUUCUCAUCAAUGAGGAAUCAAACCAGAGCUACUUUUUGGAGGUCAACCCCCGACUUCAAGUCGAACAUACAGUUACAGAGUCAAUCUCAGUAAUCGACAUUGUCAAGGUCCAGCUUCUACUUUCGCAAGGUGCUUCUCUAGCUGAGGCAGGGCUAUUGAGCAGGCCAAACUUUGAGGCACCGCCACCGAGGAUCCAUUCAAUCCAACUGCGUGUGACUGCGGAAGAUGUUCUCAAGAAUUGGUCUUUGAGCAUCGGAAAUAUCUCCUCGUUCCAGCUGCCAUCCGGCAACGGUGUGAGAGUAGACACAAAUUUGAGGCAAAAUGAGCCUUACGUUGUGACCCCCGACUUUGAUAGUUUGCUCGCCAAAAUCAUCGUGACUGCUAGCUCAUGGGAGGACACGAUUCGAAAGGCCAAGCGUGCUCUCGAGGACACGGCAAUAGUCGGAAUUGAGACUAACAUCUCCGCACUCCGUGCAAUUGUUUCUCAUCCUGACUUCGCGGCAGGAGCUUGUGAUAUUCGAUGGUUAGACAGUAACCAGGCAGAAAUCAGGAGCUUUGUUUCUGCUGCAAGCCACACAGCGGCACCCGAUCCAAUAAAGCCUCACUCAGGAAGUCGAAUGAGCGUUCCUAAAACUUCCAGUCCCGAUCGACCCGUCAGUCACCAGGGACAACAUAACGAUUCAACUCACAUUUUAAUUCCAUUUCCCGGCAAGCUUCUUGAGAUUCUUGUCUCUCCGAAUGAUAUUGUGGAUGAGGACAGUAUCAUUUGCAUUGUUCAGCAGAUGAAAAUUGAAUUAGAGAUCAGGGCGCCACGGGCGGGGCGUGUGGUAUGGAUCAUGGAUGCAGAGGUGGGCACAACUCUCACAGAAGGGACUUUGGUCGCUAUUGUGGAGCCAAUGCAGAGAGAAAAGAAGCUUUGA